AUGCUAAGAUCAAGAAAUAGAAGUAAAAGGGUGAAACGAUAUGGAAUUAAAAAGAACAGACAAUUGUUAAAAAAGGUUCAAAAGGAUGAUAGCUGGGCAUCAAAAUCAACAUUCGGCAAAGAUCUCCUGAAGAUCGGUAUCAAGAACGAUCUUUUUAAAGACUCAAGCUCAAGCACUACUUACCCUUGGAUAAGAUUGGCACCAUUACUGGAAUACAAUAUAGCUAAAGUUUCUAGGUCAGGAAAGGGGAUCCCAUCGCUCAAGCUGAUUUGUUCUAGAAAGAUAGCAGAAAAUGCAGAUUCGUUGGAAUCCUCGUAUUUGGAUACAGCAUCCUGGAUGGUUUGGCGACAGGUAUGGGAAGAGAUACUUUUAUUGCGCAAUGAUUCUCCUCGUGUCUUCAAUAUUUUUGCUGGCAAAUUUUUCUUGCUGGAUGGGUUUAAAUGCCAUACAUUAUCGUUACCAUUGGACAUUAAUGUGGGAUCAUCAAAUUGGGAGAAAGUUCUAAAGGCUAGAAAUGAAGGAAUAUCUUCUGUGAUAAUUCCACGAACUAGAAACCACCGGGUUGAAAAUCUAUUUUCUAACAUUAACGUACUAGAAAUAAUAAAAUUUAUACACAAGUUAUCAUAUCGGCCAUGGGUUAUACUUGAUGCGUCUUUGAUGACACGGAAAUAUGAUAGAGAAGAGCAUCUCAAACUUUUCAGUAUUACAGAUUUAGUUGCAUUAGAUUUGUCAAACAGUCAAAUAGUGGAUGAUCAUUUUCUAUAUAACAUGUCUGUUAGUAUCAGUAAGGAUGGAAAGUUAUCGAAGUUAACUAUUUUAAAAAUCAAUAAUUGUCCCAAUGUUACAAGUAAUGGAAUUCAGUACUUACUCCAUCUUGCAAAUGAUCCAGAUGCUAGAUGUUCCCUUUCGUAUAUUGAGUCUGAUGUGAAAAUAUCCUCUUCCAAUUUUGCUACCAAACUUCAGAACAUUAAAAGUGAACAACCUAAUUUCAUAGAUGGUACAAGAUGGUUUGAACUAGGGGAUGACCAAGAAUCUAAACCGAUAAAAAAAUUUCCUUUGGCACUUAAGCUUCACUGCCUUUAUAAAAAUUACUCAAGCAGAAUUACCAAAGACCCAACCGCAUCAGACUUUCCUCAGUAUACAACAAAUUCCACGGAUUACUUGUUUCUGGUUAGAAAUAAUAUUGUCUUAGAUAUAAUGGUUCAUGAUAAGGUUUUUAAUUCAGAUGAAGAUGAUGUUCAAAAAUUAAAGGAGAUCUGGGAUACAAGGAUUCACUUUCGAAACCUGAAGCCACAAUCCAAAAUAUGUUGUUAUGUCAUUGAUAAUAAAUGUGAGUUUCUGGUUAAACUGCCAAACUUCGAAAAGCAUGUAUAUAAUAAGAAGGAUGAUUCUGUUAUGUUUAGAGCAAGUGAGAAAAAAACCCCAUUGAGAUCUAUCUCAAAGCAUAAGAGACGGAAGCCUGUUGCUAGAAAAGUUGAUGCGAACCAGUUCUUUGAUAUGUAA